AUGUCAGGCGUCGCGGAAGAUGCAGCUUGCGACUCGCGUACCGCGUCUGUUGGCCUUGCGCCGGCCAAAGGAGUCCAGCGGCCCAUCUCGCAGGCUGGAGACGCCGGAAAGCAGGCCUCUGCCAACUGGAAUAAUGUGCGGAAGGGGAAAGUGCGCACCGUGCUUCGACGCCCUGCACCGAAGUCCGUGAAUUCGUUUAACAAGGUGAAUGGGCAAUACUGGCGUAGCGGAAGUGCUUCAGAAGAUGAAUCGGAAGCUGGUGCUCAGGAAGAGGGCGCCAAUAGCCUCGCAAAGGAUGGCAGUGAUAUCGACAGCGAAAGUUCUACGGAAGACACAACUGAUCCCUCGGAUAUUGAUGAAAACGAUAGCUCCAUCUUGUUGAAUAUGGACCAGCCGAGCACAGAAAAUGCGCAGCUAGAAUCACAGGUGGAACCACAGCCUGUGUGCAUCAAUCAGGAGAAUGUUGAUAUGACAUCUGUAGCUGAAGUCGUGGAGGAACAAGGAGCAUUACUAGAGACGGUACCGCCCGUUUCUAACGAUGAUAAUAUAGAUGCAGCUGCGCAGAAAGCCUUUAGGUCAAAAUACAGCAUUACCCCACGGACUAUUGCGGAAUUGGAGACGGACGAUUUUAAAAAGCAGUCUAGGUACAUUCUCUACAACUGUACUAGCAACCCUGACCCCACGACCGUUGUUAGAUGUACAGACUGUUUCAAAGAAGGCCAUUUAUCGGAUAUCUGCCCCAGUAAAAAGUGCGAACAUUGCGGUGCAUGGGAGGCCCAUGAAUCUAGGUUCUGCCCUACCUGGCGGCGGUGCCAGAGAUGCAGAGAACGAGGGCAUGACAAAAACUCAUGCUCAGCACCUCUUCAGGGGUCAGCUGCAGAAGUCCCUUGCGACCUAUGUGGCUCAGACCGACAUAUCGAGUCCCAGUGUGACUUGAUGUGGAAGCUACCGCAUGCCAUGCACACUUCUGGGAAACUGUUCAUUUCCAUAUCUUGUGCCAAGUGCACAAGCUCCCAGCAUCUAAUCGGGGACUGUCCAUCUUCCAAUUGCCCAUCGUACUCGACGUCCUGGAGCUUAAAGACAUUUGAUCCUUCUAUCGUCUCCAACAUUAAUAUCUUGCCAGCCGGCGUAUCGAGCGACAAAACCAAUGGUUCCGUCCCCCAAUUAAAAAUAAAGGGACGUGCGCAACGUGAUCCAACUCCAGAAGAAGAUGAAUUCCAUAUUAGAUCACGCCCCUAUCCACCUCCAGCCUCUCGUUCGAAUAUCCGAUUUGCUGAUGGACUAGGCCGUGGGCGGAACCUGGGUCCAAAUCAAGACCGCUCCAAUGAUAGUGGCAGUGAUCGCUACACCCCUCAGGAUUCUCGUCGCGAUUAUCGUGAACGUGAUCAUUAUUUUGGUUCCCGCUCUCGUCCACGUUCUCGCUCUCCAGAACCACGGUAUUCCGGAAACCAGUAUAGACCACCUCCACCGCCUAAUUGCGGAAGAGGGCCACCACCUCCAUCUUCCCGUAACUUAGGAAGAGACCGAAACCGAGACCGAGGAAGAGGAAGCGGUGGUGGUGGCCAUCGUGGUGGAAAAGACUCUUCUAGGCCUUUUCCAAGUCGAACAACGUUGCCAGCUUUGCAAGACUACCUUGUCAUGAGUCUUAGCGGUGCUACGACAUGUAUUCGAUGGAUUCUUGUAAAUACCCAGCACCCCCAAUGCCAUGAAUACGGCUGGAACUUGGAUGCCAGCAGAGAUACUACCGGUAUCCACCCAACAUCUCCGGAGAUGGCGCCGGACGAGGCACCUGGAUUCGCUGCACAUGAGACAGAACCGUCCAUUAUCGUGGUUUCUUGUCAACUCCAGCGUUGGCCGUCAAUCGUCCAUCUACGCAGUGACACGACGUUAACUAUGCUGGAUAUUUAG